AUGGCUGAAGUUAAGCUGCUAGGAACAUGGCCUAGUCCUUUCAGUUAUAGAGUCAUAUGGGCUCUAAAACUUAAGGGCAUACCAUACGAGUACAUUGAAGAAGAUCUUUCCAACAAAAGCCCCUUGCUUCUUCAAUGCAACCCAGUCCACAAAAAGAUUCCAGUUCUCAUCCAUGGGGGAAAAUCAAUUUGCGAAUCCUUGGUCAUUCUAGAAUACAUGGAAGAGACCUGGCCCCAAAUUCCACUGAUGCCCGAUGAUCCUUACGAGAGAGCUAGAGCAAGGUUCUGGGUUAAAUUUGUUGAAGAUAAGGGUGUUGCGGUAUGGAUUAUGUUCUAUAGCAGCGGAGAAGAGCAAGAAAAGGCAGUGAAGGACAGCUUGGAAAUGCUAAAAACCAUUGAAGAACAUGCUCUGGGAAAGAAGAGAUUUUUCUGCGGAGACAAGAUUAGCUUGGUGGACAUAGCCUAUGGCUGGAUUGCCCAGUGGUUGGAAGUCUUGGAAGAAGUGGCAGGAAUAAAACUGAUUGAACCCCAGAAAUUUCCUCGCCUGCAUACAUGGAUAAAAAAUUUCAAGGACGAGCCCAUAAUCAAGGAAAAUCUGCCAGGACAUGACGAGAUGCUGGUCUACUUUAAACCUCUCGGAGGAAGGGCACCAUCACGCUAAUUUACCCAGCAACCAGGACACGGGAGGGAUAUGGGUCCUUGAAUUACAACUAUUUUUAUAUUAACGAUAAACUAAAUCUGCUGUUCGAUUUACUCAAGAUAUAGAUUACCAUGGAUUAUAACAAUAUAAUGAUAUAAUUGUUGUUGCAAAAAAAAAAAAAAAUUACUAAGUAUAUAGUUUUUUAUAGGAUA